AUGUCUUAUCGAGAGUUGCGGCUACUGACAGAAAACUUGCGAAUGCUGGGAUACCCUCGAAUCGUCUCAAUGGACUCCUUCCGCGAAUCUAAUUUCUCUCUCACUGCUGAUCUUCUCAUUUGGCUGACAGAAAUAUACGAACCACGAGCAAUGAUUCCGAAAAAAAUUGAUACCGAACACGAUCGCGUGGCUCUUAUCAAAUUCGUCGCGAAUACUUUUCUCACCAAGCAGCACAUUCGACUCAAUACAAAACGACUGUAUCUAGCGGACGGAUAUGCGGUAAAGGAGUUGCUCAAGUUAAUCAGCAUUUUGGUCGAAGCGAUCCAGACCCCACCAAUCGAUGGGAAUAAGCUUGGCCAUUCGCUGGAAGGAACCAUUUCCCAUGCGACUAUAAAAGAGCUCAGAGAGCGAGUGGCAAACAUGUCCAGAUCGGGAGCGAAUUUGUACGAAGCACUUAACGCUGAGGUUAGAUUGAGAGGAAGCAGACAGCAGAUCUUGGCGAAGCACAUGGAACUCUCCACUAUUGAAAAGGCGUUGAAAGAAGCGGCUGCUGCAGCGGACAAAGUGUCCGAUUCCGCGACCAAGAAAGUCAACUCGGUUACUGGCGACGAGGCAACGGUCCAGGCGAAGAUCGACAAGAAGAAGUCAGAGAUCGAGCGAGCUGAAAAGCGUCUCCGACAAAUGAUGCAAUUACGCCCUGCUUACCAGGAUGAACUCGACGAAAUCCAAGCCGAUCUGAAGAUACUUUACGAUGAAUAUGUUGUAAAGUUCAGAAAUGCGGUAUAUUUAGAGUCGCUGUACGAAGAGCAGAAACUAGCUGAAGAAGCAGAGGAAGAUUCCGGCCUAAUCAAUACAGAAAUUAGCAGCCAUGAGCCUAUUGGAUUAGAAGCUCCGGGAUUAGAGCACUUUGACGAAGAAGACGAAAUCAGCAUCGAGAGCGACGACGACAUUUUGCUUGACAAAAAGUUCUAUCGAAACAAGAGCUCAGAAAACGACGAAGACGAAAGUAACGAUGAUGAUGAAGAUGACGACGACGAGGAUAUGUCUGGCGACGACGACGACUCAAUCAGCGACCAUAUGAUGGAGCCUGGCUUCGACGACGACGAUUUUUAA